AUGGGACGCGCUUGGACGCCACGGAGAGCGACGCGCGCGUGGCGGUGGUGGGGUUCAGGGAUUAGGUUUGUCUUAGAGAGAAAAAAAAAGUGGUGGGACCCGCUGUCGGAAAGAGCGUACCCGAUGCUGAAAAACUGCUCUGACAUGAUUCGCACAGUAGAAGAUAAGAUAAGAUACGAUUUAACCUAUGCACCGCUUAAAGUCUCAAGCUUUGCAACUUUUGGAAGAUACCCACCUAACCAUUUUCGCUUGCCUAAGGAGAGGGUUUUGGGUUCAACCAUUUCUGCUUUUACCUUCAAAAGGGACCGUAGGGCAAAAGCAAAAGCUACCAUAUGGGAGGAAAAUUUUCCUCUUCAAUGGAGAUGUUUGCAGACAUGUGAGGGUGAUGAUGGAAGGUUUAUUCAAAGAACUAGAGAAGAGGGGAUAGAUGUUAGAAAGAUGAUGGAACAUAAAAGGAGUCCCUGCUCUGUUGACCAAAGCAGUUAUACUUCUAUUGCAUCUAAAAGGCAAAAGGCUGAUUUAUCUAUCAGCACCAAG